GUCUCUUUUCCUUUUGCCCCUCUUUUCUGAGGGAUAAGCCCAGAGGUCGGAGAAGGCUCUCUCUUCUCUGUGUCUCUCUCUCUGUGUUCGUUUCCCCACACGAUGCUCAGAAGCUUCAACGCCACCUCUUCCUGAGAGAUUGGGGGGGACUCGGUCAUCGGGGGAAGGAAGGCGGGGGAGAGAGAGAAAGCCGUACGCGCCGGACCUUGAGGGGAUUGGGUGGAAACAGAGAGAGAUACACGGAGAGGAUGGACACGGCGUCGGUGGUCAGCGAUAAGGAGUCAAUGGUGGAUCCUUUCCUCGUGGAGGCUCUCCAGAAUCCCCGCCACCGUCUCACCAUCUUGAGAAUGGAACUCGAUAUUCGGAGGUUUAUGCAAAGCACAGACCAGAAGAUCUUUGAAUUUCAGCACUUUCCAACUUCUUAUCUCCGACUAGCGGCACACCGAGUUGCCCAACACUAUGGUCUACAAACUAUGGUUCAAGAUACUAGUUUAGAUGGUACAGGAAAUAGAAUAUUGGCCAUUAAAACAACAGAAAGCAAAUUUCCCGCUGUUCGCUUGUCAGAUAUUCCUGCUAAGCAGUCGGAAAAUGAUAAAUCCGAGCAAUUAAAAGUUGUCAUUAGGGCUAGACCCAGUAAAUCAUCUGGUAGUGAAGGCAACGACAGUGGUGUUAAAAGAAAUUCCAUGAGGAGCAUGGAAGAAAGAAAGGAAGAGUAUGAUAAAGCGCGGGCCCGCAUUUUCAAUAGCCCGACUGGGUCUGAAGCUGAUGAUAUGCUAUCCUCAGCCUCAAUCGAGCGGAAAAAUGUUCCUUCUGGUAAAGAUGAGAAUGAAGCUUGCAGGUUUUCUUUAGUUGAAGCGGAGAAAAACGUUGGGAUCAAGGAAGGCAGUUCAUCAUCUAGGGUUGCCAUUCUCAAAGACAGGGAGAAAGAUCGUACAGACCCUGAUUAUGAUCGGAGUUAUGAAAGGUAUGCUAGGAACAUUCCUACUCAAACUUUUGGGCUGCUGCCGUUUAAUAUGCAGAAGAUUCACCACCCAUUCAGUCAUUACGACUCGGGGUUUGCUCAGCUAGGUCAGAUGCCGAGGGCCCCAGCUUCCCUCAGCUAUAUACCUCCUUCAAGUGCUGUCAUGAGUCCUUUCAGCACGACGGGCCUCAGUCAAGGCACUAGCGAUGCUGCGUACAUGCAGUGGCCUACUGCUUCGGUGAUGUACGCACACUCGUACGAGCAGUUCAGACACGGAGUUUUCCAGGCUCCAGCCUAUCAGCAGCCUCUGAGCUUUGAUUACUCUCAAAACCAUUGACGUGCAGGAGGUUUCGUACUGGGUAUUGUAUGAUUGAAAAUUUGUCUUCUCCUCGUAGGGCUCCCUUCCAUCUGUAGGCUUGUUAUACUUAGACAUAUCAGACUUUGGUUCUCUUGAGUUUUAGUAUUGUGUCCUGCUCUGUUCGAACUUGGUGUUAGAAUACAUGCUACUCUCAUUGACUUAUAUUUUUGUAUCCUAUUCAUAUAAUUCUUCCCCAGAGGGUGCACUCCACGUUUAAAUUGACUCUUAGAUGAUCCA